AUGGACAUUGGAAAACGAUUAGACUUGGACAAGGUGCACAUUAUACAUCCAUCACUUGCAGAUUGUUUCAAGGUCAAGGACAUUGGAACCUCGGUCGUUGAGACUUUGGAUGUUAACAAGACUGUAAUACUUGAAACACCUGCCUAUCUUGCCAUGUUGAACCAACGUGUUAGGCAUCCUACGAUCAUUCAAUUGGCUCAAACCAUCAUGCUGGCCUCAACAAACAGUCACAACUACGACUACCCAAUCACAACAAUUAUGAACAGCUUCAAGAUCAAUCUGGCAAUACUUCACUCAACAUUCACCAAUAACUAUGUCAAUAUUACCAAGGUGUCUGAAGGAACGAUGUAUAUCUACACACCUGGCACGUACACUCUAACAUUGAGCAAGGAUUCGAUCCAGACCAAUUGGAUUAACUACAUGAUAUCAACGUUCAUAUCUCAGUUCCCAGGUGUUGAUGAAAUACCUUUAUCAAUAUUAUUCAAUCCUGAUCUGGACACACAGACUACCAUCAAGGUGAUGAAGGCAUCGUUCAAGGACAAGGCAUCCCUCUUUGAUAAUCUCCUCAACAACAAUUCUAAUCCCAAUCCAGUUAAGAACUCUGGAACAGAAGUGUACUACACCCUGGAUGGUACCAACUAUUUGAUGGAUCCAAUCAACACAUACUCAGAUGGUGAGAUCGCUCUUUACUCUCAGGAUGGAACAGGUCUUGUAAAGAGUAGUUCCAUCGAUACACCUGUACAGGAUCAGCUCGAGAUAUGUUAG